ACCCAAAUACACCAAAAAGACUUUGAAGUCUUUCUUAAGCACAAAAACGCAAAAAGUGUUUUAUCGAAUUAUAGAUAGAUGGUAGAUUUAUUCGCAUGGCUAAUAUCCUUUUUCCUUCUCAUAGCAGUCUUAUGCCUCGUUCUUUACCAGUUGACAUGCUUUUUAGACUUAGAGCAAGAUGACAUUAAUCCGUAUGAGUUGGCGACUAAUAUAAACAACACGACAUUGCCAGAGUUUAUAACUCAAGGAGCAUUGUGCUUUCUGCAUCUUGUGACGAGACAUUGGAUCAUGUUGCUGUUCUGUCUGCCAUAUUUAUAUUAUAACGUGAAUCGAUACAUUCACAGACGUCAUUUAUUGUAUGCAACAGAGGCGUUCAACAAGCUGCCAAAGGAAAAGUACCUGCGAUUGUAUAAACUUGUUUAUCUUGCUUUCUUGUUCGUUCUCUCUAUAUUUUGGAUGAUCUGGUGUAUUGUUGAUGAAGAAUAAGAAAAAAGACUCUCCCAAUUUGGUAAAUCCAGCUGUACUGUCCAUUGAAAACUGAAGGACUUCUGAUGUUUGAAAACAAAAUAACAAGAUGCUGGAAGUCCCCGUUAACGUUUUCGUGCAUAUGUAUCAUAGUAUUCAAUUUAGACAUGUUUUUGACUAGAUUAUCUGGUGGUAACUGGUAAGUUAGUUUUGUUGGACAAGUGCUUAACAGAAAUUCUUGUCAGUUGGACAGUUAGUUAGAUCAAAAACAAAAUAACUUAUGAGCAAA